AUGGAAGUCCUGAGGGAGAAGGUAGAGGAGGAGGAGGCGGCCGAGAGGGAGGAGGCGGCCGAGCGGGCAGAACGGGCAGACAGGCCAGAGAAGAUGACAGUGAGGCCCAUGGAGAUGCACAAAGAGACCGCCACAUUCACGCCGGAGAUGCUCCGGGACUUGGAGAGGAAGCUCUCAGAGAUCCCAGUCCCCAGCCCAACAAAGCAGCCAUCCUUGACCAAGGACACCAUUGACAUCUCCAAGCUGCCCAUUUCCUACAAAACCAACACGCCCAGAGAGGAGCACCUGCUGCAGGUGGCAGACAACUUCUCUCGCCAGUACAGCCACCUGUGUCCGGACCGCGUGCCCUUGUUCUUGCACCCGCUGAACGAGUGUGGAGUGCCUAAGUUCGUGAGCACCACCAUCCGGCCCACGCUCAUGCCCUACUCUGAACUCUACAACUGGGACAGCUGUGCCCAGUUUGUCUCCGACUUCCUCACUAUGGUGCCCCUGCCCGACCCCCUCAAGCCGCCCUCGCACCUGUACUCCUCGACCACGGUCCUCAGACAGCAGCAGGGGAACUGCUUCGACUUCAGCACACUGCUCUGCUCCAUGCUCAUUGGUUCUGGCUAUGAUGCCUACUGUGUCAACGGCUACGGCUCGCAGGACCUGUGCCAGAUGGACCUCACGCGGGAGGUAUGCCCGCUCACCAUCAAGCCGAGGCAGAGGAUCAAGAAGGAGGAAAAGCCGCCGCCUAAGAAGUACACCGUCAAGCCGCCCAGAGAUCUGAGCAGCCGCUUUGAGCAGGAGCAGGAGAUCAAGAGGCAGGAGGAGAGGAUGGCGGAGGAGGAGAGGCUGCGGAGGGAGGAGGAGGAGCGCAUCCUGGAGGCAGAGAAGGCGAAGCCUGACCCCUUGUACGGCCUGCGGGUGCAUGCGUGGGUGCUGGUGCUGUCGGGCAAGCGUGAGGUCCCUGAGAGCUUCUUCAUCGACCCGUUCACGGGCUGCAGCUACAGCACCCAGGAUGAGCACUUCCUGGGCAUCGAAAGCAUCUGGAACCACAAAAACUACUGGAUCAACAUGCAGGACUGCUGGAACUUCUGCAAGGACCUUGUGUUUGACCUGGGAGACCCGGUGAGGUGGGAGUACAUGGUCUUGGGCACCGACAAGCCUCACCUGUCCUUGACCGAUGAGGAGGAUUCCGUGGUGAAUGAUGACGAUGACGUGGAAAAUCUGGGCAAGGAGGAAGAGGACAAGAGCUUCGACAUGCCACCCUCAUGGGUGGAGCAGAUCGAGAUCUCUCCAGAAGCAUUCGAGACUCGCUGCCCAAACGGGAACAAGGUGAUCCAGUACAAGAGAGCCAAGCUGGAGAAGUGGGCCCCGUACCUCAACAGCAAUGGCCUCGUGAGCCGCCUCACCACCUACCGGGACCUGGAGUGUAUGGAGGUUGUGGAGAUCAAGGAGUGGUACCAGAACCGGGAGGACAUGCUGGAGCUAAGGCAUAUCAACAAGAUCACGGGCCUGCACACCGACUACUUCAAGCCGGGCCACCCCCAGGCUCUGCGUGUGCACUCCUAUGAGUCCAUGCUCCCGGAGAUGGAGCGCGUCAUGGAGUUUUAUGAGACAGCCCGCGUGGAUGGCCUGGUAAAGCGGGAGGAGACCCCCAAGACCAUGACGGAGUACUAUCAAGGACGCGCAGACUUCCUCUCCUACCGCCACAUCAACUUCGGGUCCAGGGUCAAGAAACUGGGCACCAACAGCUCCGAGUCCAACCCUCGGCCCAUAGUGAAAAUCACGGAGCGUUUCUCCCGCAACCUUGCCAAGCCUGCUGACGAGGACGUGGCAGAGCGUGUGUUUCUCAUUAGCGAGGACCGCAUCCAGCUGCGCUACCACUGCCGUGACGACUACAUCACCACCUCCACACGCGAGUUCCAGCGGCGCUCCGAGGUGGACAGCAAGGGCAACAAGAUCAUCAUGACGCCUGACAUGUGCAUCAGCUUUGAGGUGGAGCCCAUGGAGCACACCAAGAAGCUUCUGUACCAGUAUGAGACCAUGAUGCAGCUCAAGAACGAAGAGAAACUGUCCCGGCACCAGGCCUGGGAGUCGGAGAUGGAGGUGCUGGAGAUCCUGAAACUUCGAGAGGAAGAGGAGGAGGCACACGUGCUGACCAUCUCCAUCUAUGACACCAAACGCAAUGGGAAGAGCAAGGAGUACCGGGAGGCCAUGGAGCGGGUAAUGCAUGAGGAACACUUGCGGCAAAUGGAGACCCAGCUCGACUACCUGGCCCCAUUCCUGGCCCAGCUCCCUCCGGGUGAGAAGCUGACCCGCUGGCAGGCUGUGCGCCUCAAGGAGGACUGCCUCAAUGACUUCAAGCAGCGGCUCAUCGACAAGGCCAACCUCAUUCAGGCUCGCUUUGAGAAGGAGACCCAGGAGCUGCAGAAGAAGCAGCAGUGGUACCAGGAAAAUCAGGUGACCUUGACACCUGAGGACGAGGACUUGUACUUGAGUUACUGCUCUCAGGCCAUGUUCCGCAUCCGCAUCCUGGAGCAGCGGCUCAGCCGACACAAGGAACUGGCCCCGCUGAAGUACCUGGCCCUGGAGGAGAAGCUACACAAGGACCCGCGCCUGGUGGAGUUCCUCAAAGUCUUUAUGUAAUGCCCUCCUGGGACCAAAGCCCAGAGCUCAGCCCUGUGCCCCCCACACCCAGGUAAUGCCUGUCUAUCUAUACAGGUACCCAGCCUCCCUGCCACACUCCAUCCCCUGCAGCCGUUUGGUCCUACUUCUCAUGAUUUCCCUGUAAAUAAACACUUCUAAUUUAUGUCUUCACAAGUUCCAGCUCCAG